AUUCCAACUGGCUUCUGAAGGCCUAGACCUCCUCCCAGUUGGAGCUGAGAUUGCUGUGUUGCUCCAGUCACCAGUCCCUGGCCUCCUGGUGCCGCUGACGUUCCAAUUCCUCCCAAUUGGAGCCCACCGCCACCUGACGUUGUUCCCAUCCCUAAUUGCAGCCCACCUCCACUCGAAGCUGGUAGUCCUCCACUUCCUAAGUGGAACCCACUACUUCCAUAGGAAGGCAACUGGCCAUGUCCACUGGUGCCCAAAAUUCAAGCCACUGGUAGCAGUACUGGUUCCUCCCAAUUGCAGCCCACCUCCACUUUUUGUUCCCAUUCCAGUCCCUAAUUGGAGUCCACCACCGCUAGCUGCUCCAAGUCCAGCUCCCAAUUGGAGCCCACUGCCACCACUGGUCGCUGUGACAGCUCCAGAUCCUAAUUGUAGUCCACCACUGCCAAGUCCAGCUCCCAAUUGGAGCCCACCACCACUAGUUGCUCCAGAUCCCAAUUGCGGCCAACCACCACUUGUUGCCCCAGAUCCUAAUGGCAGCCCACCACCACUUGUUGCUCCUAGACCAGGUCCCGAUCUGAGCCCACCACCACCAAGUCCUCCUAAUUGUAGCCCACCACCACUCGUACCGCCAAGUCCACCUCCUAAUUGUAGCCCACUCCCAGUACUUGUCCCUCCGAGACCUCCUAAUUGGAGCCCACUGCCACUCAUCCCUCCAAUACCAGAUCCUAAUUGUAGCCCCCCACCACCCAUUGUUGCUCCUAGCCCACCGGCUUCAGAUGCUGUUUGAAACCUUAGCCCACCACCACCAAGGGGGGUAGUUGAGGUAGCUCCAGCCCCUAACUGCAGCCCAGGCCUCGGUGUUUGGAACUGAUAUCCACCACUCAUCUUUUGCAGCAGAGCGACGUGAACUUUGACCUCAGAUAAGUUGACGUCAUAAGCGACGCGUCACACGAUGCUGACUCAGCAAAUACGCAAGUCUCUUUAGUCCGUUCCUUUUAUCAUGAGCCAGAGAAGACCCUACAUAACUGAUCCUUCCGUCUCCACCAUGGCUUCCAACCAGACCCACGAGAUGCUGGAGGGCGAGAACGAUCGACUCAUGGACGAUAUGGCUCGGAAAAUCGACACCCUCAAAACGGUGGGCAGACAGAAAAGCACUGUCCAUAUUUACAGUGGAACCUCCAAUAAGGGACGAUGA